GUGGCUCAACCCCUUGUUUAAAACCGGUCAUACUCGGAGAUUGGAGGAAGAUGACAUGUACUCAGUGCUUCCAGAAGACCGCUCAAAGCACCUUGGAGAGGAACUGCAAGGGUACUGGGAUAAAGAACUUCUGAGAGCCAAGGAGGACGCGCGGAAGCCUUCCUUAACCAGGGCAAUCAUAAGGUGUUACUGGAAAUCCUACGUGGUUCUGGGAAUUUUUACUUUAAUAGAGGAAAGCACCAGGGUAGUCCAGCCCAUAUUUUUAGGGAAAAUUAUUGAGUAUUUUGAAAAGUAUGACCCCAACAACUCUGUGGCUUUGCACACAGCCUACGGCUACGCCUCGGUGCUGUCGGUGUGCACGCUUGUCCUGGCCAUAUUGCAUCACUUGUAUUUCUAUCACGUGCAGUGUGCCGGGAUGAGGCUUAGGGUCGCCAUGUGCCACAUGAUCUACCGCAAGGCUCUUCGUCUAAGCAACACAGCCAUGGGGAAGACAACCACAGGCCAGAUCGUCAACCUGCUGUCCAACGAUGUCAACAAAUUUGACCAAGUGACGAUCUUCUUGCACUUUCUGUGGGCAGGGCCGCUGCAGGCCAUUGGUGUGACCAUCCUUCUCUGGGUGGAGAUAGGCAUCUCCUGCCUAGCUGGCAUGGCUGUCCUGGUUGUCCUUCUGCCUCUGCAAAGCUGUAUAGGGAAGCUGUUCUCAUCACUGCGGAGUAAGACUGCGGCUUUCACGGAUGCCAGGAUCAGGACCAUGAAUGAAGUCAUCACGGGCAUGAGAAUAAUAAAGAUGUACGCCUGGGAGACAUCGUUUGCUGAGCUCAUCACCAGUCUGAGGAGGAAGGAAAUUUCCAAGAUUCUCGGCAGCUCCUACCUCAGAGGGAUGAACAUGGCAUCAUUUUUCAUUGCAAACAAAAUCAUCCUGUUUGUGACCUUCACAACUUACGUGUUGCUGGGCAAUCAGAUUACAGCUAGCCAUGUGUUUGUGGCAAUGACUCUUUAUGGUGCCGUUCGGUUGACAGUCACCCUCUUCUUCCCCUCAGCCAUUGAGAAAGUGUCAGAGACAGUGAUCAGCAUCCGGAGGAUCAAGAAUUUUCUGUUACUUGAUGAACUACCACAGCGCAAAGCACAGGAACCAUGUGAUGGUAAAGCCAUAGUGCAUGUGCAAGAUUUUACCGCUUUCUGGGACAAGGCAUUAGACACUCCAACCCUGCAGGGCCUGUCCUUUACUGCCAGGCCUGGUGAAUUGUUAGCUGUGGUCGGCCCAGUGGGAGCAGGCAAGUCGUCACUGUUGAGUGCAGUGCUGGGUGAACUGCCUCCGGCCAGUGGGCUCGUCAACGUGCACGGGAGAAUCGCCUACGUUUCUCAGCAGCCCUGGGUCUUCUCGGGUACUGUGAGGAGCAAUAUUUUAUUUGGGAAGAAAUAUGAGAAGGAACGCUACGAGAAAGUGAUCAAGGCCUGUGCUUUGAAAAAGGACUUACAGCUUUUGGAGGAUGGAGAUCUGACCGUGAUAGGAGACCGGGGAGCCACACUCAGCGGAGGGCAGAAAGCUCGGGUGAACUUGGCACGGGCCGUCUACCAAGAUGCCGACAUCUACCUCCUUGAUGAUCCCCUCAGUGCCGUCGACGCAGAAGUGGGCAAACACCUGUUCCAGCUGUGCAUCUGCCAGACCCUGCACGAGAAGGUCACCAUUUUAGUGACGCACCAGCUGCAGUAUCUGAAAGCUGCCAGCCACAUCCUGAUAUUGAAAGAUGGUCAAGUGGUACAGAAGGGGACCUACACCGAGUUUCUGAAAUCUGGCGUGGAUUUUGGUUCCCUUCUGAAGACGGAGAACGAGGAAGCAGAACACCCCUCAGCUUCAGGAACCCCAACACUCAGGAAACGAACUUUCUCCGAGUCCUCAAUUUGGUCUCAGCAGUCGUCCAGGCCCUCUUUGAAAGAUGGGGUACCAGAGGGCCAAGAUACAGAAAAUCCACAGGCCGUGCAACCGGAGGAGAGCCGCUCUGAAGGGAAGGUCGGCUUCAAGGCCUACAAGAAUUACUUCACUGCUGGUGCAUCUUGGUUCUUCAUCCUUUUCCUUAUUCUGCUGAACAUGGCGGCUCAGGUUUUCUAUGUUCUUCAGGACUGGUGGCUUUCCCACUGGGCAAACAAACAAGGUGCUCUGAAUAACACCAACAAUGCAAAUGGAAAUGUAACCGAGACCCUAGAUCUUCACUGGUAUUUAGGAAUUUACUCAGGGUUAACGGCCAUUACGGUCCUCUUUGGCAUAGCAAGGUCCCUGUUGGUGUUCUACGUUCUCGUCAAAGCUUCCCAGACAUUACACAACAGGAUGUUUGAGUCAAUCCUGAAAGCUCCCGUCUUGUUCUUCGACAGAAAUCCAAUAGGAAGAAUUUUAAACCGCUUCUCCAAAGACAUCGGGCACAUGGACGACUUGCUUCCCCUGACAUUUCUAGACUUCAUCCAGACCCUGUUACUCGUAGUAAGCGUGAUAGCUGUGGCAGCUGCCGUGAUUCCUUGGAUUAUAAUACCCUUGGUCCCACUCGCCAUCAUCUUUUUGGUUCUGCGGAGGUAUUUCUUAGAAACGUCGAGGGAUGUCAAGCGCCUGGAGUCCACAACACGGAGUCCGGUAUUCUCCCACCUGUCCUCCUCCCUUCAGGGACUCUGGACCAUCCGGGCGUACAAAGCAGAGGAGAGGUUCCAGGAGCUGUUUGAUGCGCACCAGGACUUACACUCAGAGGCUUGGUUCUUGUUUCUGACAACGUCGAGAUGGUUUGCCGUGCGUCUGGACGCCAUCUGUGCCGUUUUUGUCAUCGUCGUGGCCUUUGGGUCCCUGAUUCUGGCAAAAACGUUGGAUGCUGGGCAAGUUGGCUUGGCCUUAUCCUACGCCCUCACGCUCAUGGGCAUGUUCCAGUGGUCUGUGCGACAGAGUGCCGAAGUGGAGAAUAUGAUGAUUUCUGUGGAGAGGGUGAUUGAAUACACAAACCUAGAAAAGGAAGCCCCCUGGGAGUACCAGAAGCGACCACCCCCGGGCUGGCCCCAGGAAGGGGUGAUUGUGUUUGACAACAUGAAUUUCACCUACAGCUUAGACGGGCCUCUGGUCCUCAAGCACCUGACGGCACUCAUCAAAUCCAGAGAAAAGGUUGGGAUUGUGGGGCGAACAGGAGCUGGGAAAAGCUCCCUCAUCUCAGCCCUCUUCAGAUUGUCAGAGCCGGAAGGGAAAAUCUGGAUUGACAAGAUCUUGACAACUGAAAUUGGACUUCAUGAUUUAAGGAAGAAAAUGUCAAUCAUACCUCAGGAACCUGUUCUGUUCACUGGAACAAUGCGGAAGAACCUGGAUCCCUUCAAUGAGCACACGGAUGAGGAGCUGUGGAACGCCUUAGAAGAGGUACAACUUAAAGAGGCCAUUGAAGACCUCCCUGGUAAAAUGGAUACUGAGUUAGCAGAAUCCGGAUCCAAUUUUAGUGUUGGACAAAGACAAUUAGUGUGCCUUGCGAGGGCGAUUCUCAAGAAAAACCGGAUAUUGAUCAUUGACGAGGCAACAGCAAACGUGGACCCAAGAACUGAUGAGUUAAUACAACAAAAGAUCCGGGAGAAGUUCGCCCAGUGUACAGUGCUCACCAUUGCUCACAGACUGAACACCAUCAUUGACAGUGACAAGAUAAUGGUUUUGGAUUCAGGAAGACUGAAAGAAUAUGAUGAGCCAUAUGUUUUGCUACAGAAUCCAGAGAGCCUCUUUUACAAGAUGGUUCAGCAGCUGGGCAAGGGUGAAGCCGCUGCCCUCACCGAAACAGCAAAACAGGUGUACUUCAGAAGGAAUUAUCCAGAUAUAGCAUUCACCAGCCCUGUGGUUACGAACACCUCCAAUGGACAGCCCUCAGCCUUAACAAUUUUUGAAACAGCCUUGUGACUUACCAUGACAUGGAGUCUGCUCUGAAGGUGUCCCCCACUCCUCAGGGGGCUGCACUUUGUACACUACAGCACACUUGGUUUUCACUCUGCAACAAAUCCUUCAUGUACAAAACACUGACUGGUGUCUUUGGAUUUUCCACUCCAUCUUUAUUCACUGAUUUCGGGUCCUAACAAAAUGGCCUAUGGUUUUAUUUAAAUGUUCCAGCUGUUCUUUACAAAUCUGAUUUUGAGGUGCCGGCCAUCUACAACAGCUGUCUACCAGGUUUUGUGCCUUAAAAGACUCUAGGGCCAAAGCCCAUUUGCUUUGUAAGCUGCCAUGAGCAGCUUGUUUUUUCCUGUUGCCUUUAAAAGUACACUUUCCAGUUAUAUCAGGGACUCUGUUUACUUGAAGACUGUGUGACGUUGCCAGUUGCUCUCCUCUUCCUUUGACAUAGCUAGGACCCAUUGCUCUCCUGACUAAAAUAGUACAGGUAAAAUUAACAAGGAUACAGAAAUAUAUAUAUAAUUUAAGUGACAUUGCAAAAGAGAGACACUAUCCUGCCACUCACACAUACACAAAGAUAUAUGGCUAAAGUACAGGAGGACAUUUAUGUGGGAAAACAAAACUGUGCUUUCUCAGUGGGAGCCCUGAUAGGUGGUUUGAUGGCGGGUGUACAAGUAUCCCUUCCCAUUGACAUUUGUGUGAGUCAGUAUGAACCAACCGCUCUUGGGCUCAUGGAGGCUGUAUUGUGCUGCUUUCCCUGGGACAGCGACUCUCAAAUGGGCAGUAUUAGUCUCAUUUGGCUUCUGCUUUAUAGAAGGUAACCUCCUAUUGGCUGUGCACUUUUCAUGAAACCCUUUCACGCUGACACACACAGGUUCUCCUCAGUGAAAACCCUAAAAGUGGUUGCAGACCUCAGCCGUAAUCACGUGUCACAUUCUUGGGGUGCAUGGAGAAGCUUCACUUUCAAGAACUGCACCCCCAAAUCAAUUUACUUCUGACCACUAAUGUCAGGUCUUGGGGACCUUCUAAUCAGUCCAUCAGCAGCCACAACGCUUCCUAGGACCCGCUGUGCCUCCUGUAACCACAGGUCUAAGUUUUCCUGGAUGGCGGCAGCAAUAGUAUAUGUCAAGUUCAAGUUUCUAAAGGUUUUACUGUCAUGAUUUAACGUGAACCCUCCAUGAUCUGUCACAAUAAGCCACCCUCAAGUUACAUAUGUUAAUAUGUAGACACACUCACUCAGGAUCAUGUGUGUGUGUGCAUCAAUAUACAUAAAUACAUAUGUACGUACAUAUAUGUGUGUCAGGGUUUUAGACUCCUUAACAGAACGAAGCCCGUUUUAUAAAACGGAGCCUCAAAAACCACACACAUAGCAAAACACAUGGAGUGUAGUGACUGUUUGACUCUUGGUAUUCAGAAGUCUGUAAUUAAUGUAAUGAUGUUUAGUCCAAUAAGCAAUGUGCAUCUCUUCAUUAGUAGUCCUGGUUAGUAUCUGAAGAGACUGAGACGCAACAAUGACAAUAAUAAGGUCUGUUUGAAUAUUUAGAAAUGUCCUAAAUGUAUAUAUGUUAUUUGGUCUCUAGAAAUUAAAGGCAAGUCAUAUAAACUUGUUUCUGUUUCAUUUCCCUUUUGACACCAUCACAGGACAAACCAAAUUCAACUGAAAUAAAUGACAGUUUUCAUCUCCA